CCCCUCCAAACACCUCCAAUGCAUUUAUUCAAUUUUUUGCGGUCGGUCUUUCAUUCGAACCAUGCGCGCAAUUUCGAGCCCUUCUUUCCUUAUCCACCACCGCCCCUCCGCCGUCCUCCGCUGUCUCCGUCACCACGGCCUUCCUUUCUUGUCUUCCUCUUUUGUAAAACUCAAACCGGAGUCCACUCUGACUUCAUAUGCCGAAGUGGACAGCAAUACUCGACUUGGUAGAUCCGGUUCGCUUGCUUCCCCUCCGCCUCAAUCGGAUGCCGCCGCGCAGAAAAUAGAUGUCAAUCCGCCCAAGGGAACCCGAGACUUCCCUCCCGAAGAAAUGCGCCUCCGCAAUUGGCUAUUUCAGAACUUCCGUGAGGUUUCACUUUCAUUUGGCUUUGAAGAGGUGGACUUUCCAGUGCUUGAGUCAGAGGCUCUGUUUAUCAGAAAAGCUGGGGAGGAGAUUAGGGAGCAGCUUUAUUGCUUUGAGGAUCGAGGGAAUCGUAGAGUGGCAUUAAGGCCAGAACUCACACCUUCUCUGGCAAGGCUAGUGAUACAGAAAGGAAAAUCUCUAUCCCUUCCACUAAAAUGGUUUGCAAUUGGACAGUGCUGGCGGUAUGAGCGAAUGACGAGAGGACGGCGUCGUGAGCACUACCAAUGGAACAUGGAUAUUAUUGGUGUGCCUAAUGUUACAGCUGAGGCAGAGUUGCUUUCAUCCAUUAUCUGCUUUUUCAAGGGAAUUGGCAUUACAGCUGUGGAUGUUGGAUUUAAAGUUUCUAGUAGAAAGGUUUUGCAAGAAGUAUUGAGACGCUAUUCAAUACCGGAAAACUUAUUUGGCCGAGUUUGUGUAAUAAUAGACAAGCUGGAAAAGAUUCCCUUAGAUGAGAUCAAGAAAGAGUUGAGGUCUGCUGAAUUGUCUGAAGAAGCAGCUGAAGAGCUAUUGGAGAUCAUUUCAAUUAAAACGUUGACGAAGUUAGAAGAGAAGCUUGGGGAUUCCGUUGAGGCGAUAGCUGACCUGAAACAACUGUUUUCACUGGCUGAAAAAUAUGGCUACUCUGAGUGGAUCCAAUUUGAUGCAUCUAUUGUGCGCGGCUUAGCCUACUACACUGGAAUUGUUUUUGAGGGAUUUGAUCGAGAAGGAAAGCUGAGAGCCAUCUGCGGUGGUGGCAGAUAUGAUAAAUUACUCUCUACUUUCGGAGGUGAAGAUAUCCCCGCCUGUGGCUUUGGAUUUGGCGAUGCAGUUAUUGUGGAACUUCUAAAGGAGAGGGGCCUUCUACCAGAUCUCAGCCCGCAGGUACAGAACAUCGUCUGCUCCCUCGAUCAGGAUCUGCAAGGCGCAGCAUGUUCAGUUGCUGCUAAGCUUAGAGAAAAGAACCAAACCGUCGACUUGGUUUUGGAAACAAAACCACUUAAGUGGGUAUUCAAAAGAGCGGCAAAAAUAAAUGCCGAGAGGCUGAUACUAGUGGGAAGUGCAGAAUGGCAAAAGGGUAUGGUUGGUGUCAAAAUUCUCUCUUCAGGUCAGCAAUAUGAGAUCAAAUUUGAUGAUUUAGAAUAAUAAUAAUAUUAUUAUUAUUAAUUAUAAUUAUACUUGAACACCUAUAAUUGUUUUCUUGGAGAUUAUUUGGGAUAUAGGAGUAUGAAUAUUGUUCCUUUAUUUUUUUUGUUUUGUUUGAACUUAGGAUUGGGAGGUGAGUUUAGAGUUGAAAAAUAAUGAAAAUUUGAAUUGGUGUAGUAUUUGAUGUGAUAUAAAUUUUAAUAUGAUGUAUUGGAUGAAAUAUAAUGGGUGUGUUUGUUUAGUGAAAUUGUUUGAAAAGAUAUUUUUUUAUA